AUGUACGCAUACGCCGAAUUGGAGGAAGACACACCGGGCCAGAUACAUAGGGUUUCAUAUGACAGUGAUGAAAGUACCAAAAGUAGUAGCAGUGGUACAAAUGAGGCAGACUCACAAAAGAUCCAUGAAAUGAACAGGGAUUCGGAGUGGCAGGACAAGUCCAAAUCCUGGACAUUUUUUGACAGUUUACUAGAAUCUUAUCGGAAUAACACUUCAGCUUUCGUCGCCGGUUUUCUUUUAUCUGUUUGCGUUAUCGUGUAUUUAGCUAUUAUUGACCCAAAUGAUAAAAUAGGUUUACACGAGUACAUGAAGAGAUAG